GUUUUUGUUCGAUAUCAUAUCGCUCGCUGCUGGUAGUUGUUUAUUAUCUUACACCCUGUUUCUUCAAAUAUUUAAUAUUGAUAUUUAUUCAGUAAUACUAAAGCAGUAUACAAUAUUACAUGAUGAUUUAUUCACAUAUAUCAGCUGCAAUUUUAGCUGUGCUAGUUGUACUUAUUCACGAGACUGAAGCUAGUUUAGACAGAGGUUUUGGAGAAAGUAUAAAUUGGAAAACAUUGGAUGAUGGUUUAAAAUUGUCAAAAGAAACUGACACACCAUUGAUGUUGAUUAUCCAUAAAACAUGGUGCGGUGCUUGUAAAGCUCUGAAACCAAAGUUUGCAGAUUCAUCAGAAAUUGCACAAUUAAGUGAGAAAUUUGUGAUGGUGAAUGUGGAGGAUGACGAGGAGCCAAAAGAUUCGAAGUAUUCGCCGGAUGGUGGUUAUAUUCCAAGAAUUCUUUUCCUAGAACCAAAUGGUGAUGUUAGGGAUGAUAUUAUCAACACCGCAGGGAAUGAAAAAUAUAAAUAUUAUUAUCCUAAUGCAGACCAUGUUGUUCUUGCAAUGAAGAAUGCUCUAAAGAAACUGGUACUUAAUGAUGAGCUAUAGAUUUCCAAUGUCAUUUUUCUGUUCAUGUUUUUUUUUUUUUUUUUCGGGGAUAACAAAAAUUUUGCAUACAACUGUUGUAUGUAAGAAGAGGCUUCAAUCAAGAGAAUAAUGUUUGAUAAAUACAAUAAUAUGAUGAGCUGUACUAGUCUAAUACACUAAGCAAGACUUUUUUCUACCUUGCUUAGCGACCCCUUCGUGCCCGACUGCCAAGAAUUUUAUUUUUGAAUAAAAAUUUUAAAAAGUUGGCGUACCCUGCGCUACAAAGAAAAAAAAUGGAAAUGGAAAUUUCAUAAGAAAGUAAGAUGCCAUAUUUAUUUUUAUCACACUCUCCACUCCCCUGAAAUCUCCAAAAAUACUGUAAGAUAUAUAUAUUUCUACCUUGUAAUUAUAUAAAUUUAAUGCAUUUAUCAGUCUCAUUUCUAUACUGUUUAAUUCAUUUAUUAAUAACAUUUAUAUUUAAUUUCUCCUUCGCCUAGAUAUUUUUGGCAAAACAAAUUUGGUAAAUGAGAAAAAGAAAUUUUAUUUUUAUUUUUUUCCCCCCUCCUCUGACAAUCUUUAAAAAAAUAAAUUCGCGAAACAAGGUAUAAAAAAGUCUUGCUUUAAACAGUAAGAAAGCAAAAAGUAGCACUUUGACACUAGUUGAGAGAAUUAAGUCAGUGACUGUGAAUGCUUCUUGACUCUAUACAGUACUCAGUAGACCUACAGUAUGCACAUUGUGUAUAAUUACUAUGUAUUCAUACCCUAGAGGAAAAUAUAUUUGUAGUAUAACUGUCAGGUUUCCUACCUUCAAAGAGUGUGUACAAACUUGUAAGAACAAAUUAAUAUCAUUGUGAGAAAAAGAAACAAGUGUAAAUACCAUUUAAUGUAUGUGUGAUGAUGAUGUUAUAAAUCAGGUUCCUGCCAAUGUUGAGCCACUUUAGCUGUGUGGCAGUCAGCAACUGACAACCUUCAUGAGCUUAUCAUUAGUAAUAAUAAACAUAGUAUAAUAAAAAUGAUAAUGAUAAUAAUAGUUGUCACUUGAUAUAUAGGACAAAUAUUAUAAAUUUAUAUUACUUUAAUCACGCCACCUCUUCAACAUUCUGAUAUGAAGACAAUUAGAACAAUCUAAUUGCAAUAAUUCUCAAAAAACAGCAAGUGUUUGAUCAUAUCGUUGCCAUGCAAACUUUUAUUAGCAAUAAGUUAUCAAUACAAUAGAGUUUCUAUUAAGAGGACAUCUUUAGAAUGAAAAAAUGUCCCCUUAAUAGGAUGUACCCUAAGUAUGUGUUGACCAUAGUGUUAAGAUAUAUUUUUCAUUGUUUAGAUGUCAUUUGGCAAUAGCUGAAGUGUCUGUAUAUUUAAGUAAGUUAAUACCUUUAAAAUUAGAACAAGAAAAUAUUAUGCUAUAUUAAGAGUUUUAUUAAUGGAUGUUUUUUUCUUUCAUAAUAAAGCUUUUUGAUCAGGGUUAUAGCAGACAAAAAAUUACAAACACUGAGAUUGACUAUUCUGCUCUUUAUAUGACAGUGCAGUUUAAUAUUAUAUUAGAGUACUUACAGUAACUAUUACUUAAUAUAUUUUAUAGUUUGUAUUAUGCGUAAUUUAGUUUUGUUUAAUUUUGUUUUAUUAUACUAUAUAUAGGUGGUGGGUUUUGAGCAGAAAACUAUUUAAGAAUUAUAGAUAUUUUACCUCACUCCAACUAUAUCAUCAUUUGAGAAGGUCUAGUCAUCAAAAUUCUAUCAGUAACUGAAUUAAUAUUAUUGCUUAUCUAUGUCGGUGGUGGGUUUUGAACAGAAAACUAAUGUAUUUUUUUUUAGAUAUUUGACCCAACCCUUAUUAAUUACAAGAAUAAUAUGUUAUAUUAUUGUGAUAAUAUCAUUUGAAUUAAAAGAAAUUAUUAAAGUA